UAUCGUAAUUAUAUCAUAUAUUAGACAUGAUAUAUAAUCAUCUCUUUAUGGUUAAUAUAAUGGACGAUGUCUACAUCAGAGCGGCUGGUAUUGGUGUUGGGAGGAGCCGGGACCGUGGGCUCUGGCAUUGUGAAGUCGCUCCUGGACAGAGGUUUCCACGUGGCCGUCAUUUCCCGGGACGGCGCAAGGCUGGAGAAGCUGCGGAGCUUCGUCCCGGCUUCCGCCCUGCCUCAUCUGCACACGGUGGUCGGGGACGUGGGCACUGAGGAUGGAGCAGAGCAGGCCAAGGCAGAACUGUUGAAGGGAGGGAGGAAGGUCACAGAUGUGGUGUCCUCUCUGGGCCUCAGCUGGUGGCAAGGGGGUCCCCCCCACAUGCAGACCCUGCAGGAGCUGCAGAAGGUUCUCGAGACCCUCCUGCUGAGCACCUUCACCUCCUGGAAGGCCUUCUUCCCUCUGGUCAAGGACAAUCCCGAGGGCUCCUACACCUUCAUCACUGGGGGCGCGGGCGAACGUCUGCUCAUGCCAGGCACUGGCUUCCUGACUCUGGGUGCUGCGGGGGCACUGGCUUUCUGCCAGGUGGUGCGGGAAGAGUACCCCAAGGUGCCCUGCAAGCUGAACGAGGUGAAGAUCAAUAUGGGGGUGUCCACUUCUGAGGGCCUGGCCCCCGGCUUCAUCAGUCACCUGGAGGUGGGCAAGGCCGUGGCCUCUCUGGUGGAGAAGCGCAGCGUCUCCCACGCUGUCCUGAAUGUCAACUCACCCGCUGACCUUCAGACCCUGAUCUCUCAGGGGCGGCUCUAAAACCUGCCCCGCAGCAACUCUCUUCCCCCCACCCGCUCCUUCCCACUCCCACUCCGAUCCACACUGCCUCCCUCCUGCCCAACCGGCUCCCUCCCUUCGGCUUCCCUUUCCAGGGAAUUGCAGGAAGCAUCGGGUUCUUCGCCUCAUGUCCCGCUCAUCUGGGCGGGGCCACCUGCUCCCCAGGGCUGGGAUCAUAUCCAGCUGGAAUUUGGGUUGGGCCCCACCUCCCACCUGCAGACAGUGCAGGGCCAAGAGAUGAGUCCCAGGUGGCAUCACUGACAGGUGUUGAACACAGGUGUCCCCUCUUUGGGGGGAGGCCCAGGGCCAGCUCAGAAACCAGGGGUCUAAGGUGGUCUGUGAGCAGGGGUGGAAAGCUCCAGGCUAUUACCUCCCCCAAGCCACCAAAAGGGGGGAAUUAUUAGGCAGGGAUUUAAUUGAUUUACUGAUGGAUGACUGGGAGACACCAGAGCAAAGGUGGAGGUGAAGAGGUUAGAGGGUCCCUCACUG